CUUACUAGCAAGCAUCAUCAUGCCUCCUUAUACUCACACCGGUCCCGUAACUUGCGACCAGGCCUUUGAUUCCAGCUCCCUGAAGGGAAAGACUGCCAUUGUGACUGGAGGUGCCAAUGGUCUAGGUGAAGCUUACGUUCGAGCUCUUGUUGCAGCGGGGCUCAACGUCUGCAUCGGAGAUCUCGACGCCGCCAAAGGACAGGCACUAGAGGCAGAACUCCCAGGCACCAAAUACAUCCCCUGCAACGCCGCCAUCUGGGAUGACCAAGUCCGCCUCUUCCAAGCCGCCAAAUCCCUAUCCCCAUCCGGACGGAUAUCCUACGUCGUCGCCAACGCCGGCAUCCACCGUCCCGACGAAGUAUUUCAAUACGCCGGAGAUGACCAAGAGCCCCAGAAACCAGACCUGAGUAUCAUCAAUGUCAACAUCCACGGCCCCUUGUACACCGCCAAGCUAGCGGCGCAUUAUUUCAUAAGUCAGAAUGGACAGACGCCCAGUCCGGAGCAGGAGGAUACGUGUUUGGUGCUGAUCGGGUCGGGGGCUGCGUUUCUGGACUGUCCCCGCGCGCCGCAGUAUUGUGCUAGUAAGUGGGCGAUGCGUGGGAUUAUGCAUUCGUUGCGUCGGACGGCGCAUUAUUAUGGGAGUCGUGUGAAUUUGAUUUCGCCGUGGUACGUCAAAACGAAGAUUUUAUCCGAAGAGGACUUCGCGCACGUCACGAAGGUUGGGGUACAGUUCGCCGAGGCGGAGGAUGCAGGUCAGUGUUUGUUACGGAUUCUGAGUGAUACGAGCAUCAAUGGGCACUCCUUGUUUGUUACGGCGAGGAAGUGGGCCUCGAGGGGAUAUAUGGAUCUUGAUUUGGAGGAUUAUCCGGGUAAUGCAUUGGUUGGUGAGAUCCAGGAGGAGCAGAUGUGGUCGGCUCCGGUAUCGGCGGGGUUGUUUGUCAUUGGCAGCACAGCCGGAUGUCCCACCUCCAGAAGGGUCGCUUUGGUCGGCCUGGCAGCAGAUUGCUCCUACCGAGCAGCAUUCAGCUCCGCCGAGGAGACACGACGUGAGCUGAUCACCAUGGUCAACGCAGCUUCGGAGGUCUUUGAACGUCGUUUCAACGUCUCUCUUGGGAUACGAAACCUCACAAUAAGUGACGGAGACUGUCCUGAAACCGGUUCACAAUCCACCCCCUGGAACGUGGGCUGCGGGUCCGGAGAUCUGGACUGGCGUCUGCAGCAGUUUAGCUCCUGGCGGGGUGCACAAGACGACUCCAAUGCCUACUGGACCUUGAUGACUAACUGCCCCACUGGAAACGUGGUGGGUGUGUCACUCGUUGGAGAACUCUGCAGUCCAAACAGAGGUGCCAACGUCGUGGUGCGAACUUCAAAUCAAUGGCAGGUGUUUGCUCAUGAAUCUGGACAUAUUUUCGGGGCUAUUCACGACUGUGAAUCUUCCGCCUGCGCCUCCCAAGGACAAUGUUGUCCACUUUCCCGCUCGACCUGCGAUGCGGGCGGACAGUACAUCAUGAACCCUUCUUCAACCAGUCAACAAACCGAUUUCUCACCCUGCACUGUGGGAAACAUUUGCUCCCUGAUGGGUUCCGACCAGGUGCGAACAGACUGCCUCGUCAGCGCGAAUGCGGCGCCCACAACAAUCACUUCCGGCGAGUGCGGCGACGGGAUCGUCGAGACAGGAGAGGAGUGUGACUGCGGCGAUAACUGCGAUGGCAAUGCGUGCUGCAACGGCGAGACCUGUCGGUUCGUUGAUGGAGCUGUCUGCGAUGACGCAGCCGGGUCGUGUUGUACCGAAUGCCAGUUCGCCAACACAAGCACUAUCUGUAGGCCUAGUACCGGGGCCUGUGACGUCCAGGAGACCUGUACAGGCCACAGCAGUGACUGCCCAGCGGACCGACAUGUCUCAGACGGACAAUCCUGUGGCAACUCUUCCAGCUUGUUUUGUGCCAGCGGUGAAUGCACCAGCCGGGACCUUCAGUGUCGAGACAGACUCAAUGGACUUGGCACGGACGUUUCUUCCUGCGAUGAUACAUCCUGUCAGCUAUCCUGCUCUGUCGACUUCGGAUCGGGGUCGUAUUGUAGGAGCAUGAGACAAUAUGUCUUAGAUGGCACGCCGUGUCGAGGUGGACUUUGUCAUAGCGGACGUUGUCAGAACAGCGAGGACAGUAGUCGGGACAGUUCAUCUUGGAUCGAUCGCCAUCGUCCUCUGUUUAUUGGAGUAGUGGCUGGUGUUGGAGGUGGCUUACUCCUUGGAGUACUGAUUGCGAUCCUGUGUGCCUGUUGUCGUCGCCGGACCCCUGUGACCAAGGGCCGUUUGGCAGAGGCCCCGAGCGCAUUCUCGGGAUCAAGUCCUCCCCCGUAUUGGAUGCAAGGCAGGGCUUGA